GGCGUGUCGUACAGGCGAAUCCAUCAACGCCAGAAGGGUAUGACCACCAGUUGUUCGGAAUCUGAGAAUCUCAUGCCUUGAGCGAUACCCCCCAAAAACCACUAUCCAUUCCUUCAUUUCUUGAUUUCAUUGAAUCAUCUCCAUCGUUCUCUUGUACUCUCCCACGGGUCUGUUCAUUCUCUGCAACAAAGGAACGCUAUAUCACAAUGGCAACCUCCGUCAUGUCACCACAGCCCGUUCCGGACCCUCUGUCGCAAAAUUCGGCGGGGCCCAGCAUCCUCGAAGAAGUUGCAGCUGCUCAAGACCAUCUUCGGACUCGCCUCGCGGGGGCCCUGGCCAGCCCUCCAUCAAAGACUGCGUCGGAGUCGUUGCCGACAGUCCCUCUGAUUGACAUUGGACCCUCUUUCUCAGAUGACAGCUCGUUGCGGAAGGCCGUGGCACGGCAGAUUCGUGAAGCGUGCGUGACCACCGGCUUCUUCCAGAUCAGCAACCACGGCAUCUCUUUCGAGGCGAUGGACGGGGUGUUGAAGCAGGCCGAGCGCUUCUUCCACCAGCUGACGCCGGAAAAGAAGGACAAGGUACACAUGAGGCACUCUCCGCUCUUCCGGGGGUACGAGCCCCACGACUACACGUAUGUCAAUGUAGACGACAUGGCGGGCGGCGACGCCUCGAGCACCCAGGAACAGCCCGAGCCCGAGACGAAAGAAGGCUUCAACUGGGGGUAUGAAGAACAGCUCGACCCGACAGGCGGAGAUGGAAAGUAUGUCGAAUUGGACGGGCAGUCCCCUGCCUCGACAGGACAAGGGAACAUCUGGCCUGACGAGGAGGACCUUCCGGGCUUCUACGAGGCAAUCAAACUUUACUACGGCCAGGUGCUCCAGCUGGCCAGACAUUUGUUUCGGCUCUUUGCCCUGUCGCUGGGUCUCGAGGAAGGAUAUUUCGACGACGUCAUGACCCAUCCGGGCGGGAUUGCGAGGCUGUUGUAUUACGCCGGCCAGCCAGUCGCGAACGCUGUCGACGGCGACGCAAGCACAAAUGGAGCCACGACAAGUCAGGGCGAGGGCAAGCUCGGGCUAGGCGCGCACACCGACUACGAAUGCUUCACGCUCCUCCUCUCGUCGUCGAACCCCGGGCUCGAGAUCCUCUUCCCACCCUCGCCCCUCACGAACAACCGUCCUAUCUGGCUCCCCUGCCCCGUCCGCCCCGGCACGUUGACCGUCAACGUGGCCGAUUUCCUCAUGCGCUGGACAAACGGCCUGUACAAGUCCACCAUCCACCGGGUCGUGAGUAAACCGGGGACGGGGGAGAGGUACUCGGUGCCCUUCUUCUUCAGCAUCAACUACGACGCCGAGGUGGUGCCGCUGCCGGAAAGUGUGGUGGGAGUGAGCAGGUGGCAACCGGUCAAGGCUGGGGAGUAUAUUCUGGAGAGGCUGAGGGCGACCACGGCAUAAGAGGCAGGGAGAGAAAACUGGACGAGGACCGAGGUGGGUUUGCUACUUCGAACUCGAGGCAAGGCCGGGCAAGGCGAAUCAAACAGCACGAGACGAAGCCCCGAUUACUCACUCUACCAAGGCCCUCUUGUGGUGCUUCUCGGACAAAUGAGAUCCAGGGGCUGACAAAAUGAGCAUGGCAUUUCCUCGUUUUCCGUCCACAUCGCUCGCGGAAUCCCUCACCACCGUCUUCUAGCCUUGGUCGUUCCUCUUAUCGUCUCCAGCAGCAUUUCCGUUAAACCUGUUGACUAUUCGUCUUCCAGUCGUUGGAGUGUUUGGCCCCCCCAAAUCUCCCUUGGGUCACACCCAUGUCCUA